GUCACACGCGAGUAAACAUAGCUGCUUUGAGUGAUUGUAGUUCGAGUUCUACGUUUUUGGGUGCUAUAUUCGAUCUUUGAGCUAUUUCUGAAUUAGUAUUUCUGAUAAAUUUGAUAACUAGCGGCAUAAAUAUUCGUUUUGUAUCUCAAAAUGGAAUCAAAUUUUGUGCGAGCCGAUAACAGCAACUUGCCUAAGAUAGACGGAUUUAUGGUUGCAGAUUUCUUUAAGAAUAACGCUGAUUACUAUGCUGCAGAACAUAAGAAUGUGAAAACAGCAGUGUCUGCAAGGGAAUCCUAUGGAGACGAUGCGAUUGGCUAUGUCCAACUACAACGGGAGCAUGGGGUUUGUACAGUUAAGUGUAAAAUGUGCCCAGAGCAUAAAGUUAGAACCAAACCAUAUAAUGUGACGAUGAUUAUUAAUGAAAAUGACAGCGAAAUUAUGAGCUGUCAAUGCCACGACUGUGCUGCUUCAGCUGGAGGAUGCAAGCAUGCAGUUGCUUUUUUGAUGUGGGUCCUUCGCCGUUCUGAUGAACCUGCAUGUACUUCCAUAGAGUGCUAUUGGAAAAAGCCUACAUUGUCCAAAGUAGGGACUACGCUAAAAUAUAUUACUGUGCAGCAGAUGUCUAAAAAAGAAGUACCUCACAGACCGAGUUCAUCAGCACUUUAUACUGAAUUUAUUUCAGAAGCCAAAAAGAGAAAAAUUGAUAACUGUGAAUUGCUAAAAUAUCAGCAUGAUUUUAAGCAUAGUAAUGUGAUGCAGUAUUCAUUGCACUGUUUAGUAAUGGACCAAUCUCCAGAAAUUAAAGCAGAUGUAGACAAGUUUAUUGACGUGAUGAAAGCAACAUUUACUGAAGCUGUGAUAAGUACCAUUGAAGAAGCAACAAGGAGGCAGAACAAAAGCAGCUUGUGAUAUGAGAUGCGAUAUGGCCGUAUCACAGCUUCAAGGGCACAUGAAGUAAGUGUUUGUCAUACACCAGAUGGUUCAUUGGUGGCUUCUAUCAUGGGGGCAAAAAUACCUGAUACAGCUGCAAUGAGAAGAGGUAGAAAUUUAGAACUGUCUGUCCGAAAGACAGUCAGUAAUAUAUUGAAAAGAAAAAUCACCCCAUGUGGGCUUUAUGUGUGCAAAGAGAAUCCCAUGAUUGCGGCAUCACCUGAUGGUUUAAUAAAAGGUGCCGUUAUUGAAAUAAAAUGCCCUAGCAAGGCAAAAGCAAAAGACAGUUAUUUGAAAAACGGUGUUAUCACAGAAAAAUGUAAGGCACAGGUGCAUCUGCAAAUGUAUGCAACAGGGGUAAAAAAGAGCUAUUUUUGUGUUGCUGAUAGCAACUUUGAAGAAACGAAAAAUGUUGACAUUAUUUUAGUGACAUAUGAUAGUGAUUAUGUUAAUAACUUAAUACCAAAGUUAGCUACUUUUUGGCAAACAAAUAUUUACCCUAUUUUGUAUGGUACCAGUCUGUGAUUGUUGGCGACACGCUUUAAUGUUUAUUAUUUUUCCACUUUUAUCCACUCCACAUAUUUGAAUUAAUAACAAUUUAUGUAAAAAGCAAAUGUAUUUCAUAUUAAAAAAUAAUAUAUGUUAAAAGUAAAUAAAUUCAAUAUAAUGAUAAAAAUCCCCGCUUGUCAAAAAUGUGUUUAUAAAUUAACUUAAGUCACGCGUUAUGUAGUAAUCAGGUAUGUAAUACGAAUAAAAGAAUUGCAUUGUAUAAGACAUUUGUUUGAGUGAAAACAUGUUAUGUUCUUAUGAUAAGAGAUAAGUUACAUAAUGGCUAAAUGAACAGAGAUAGCUGUAAUAUUAGAUAGAGAUAACUCUAGCCACCUACCGUGAUGCUGAGGGUCAUGUAGAAAUUGGUUGUUCAUUUUGUAUGGGAUUAGAACUGGCAUCUCAAUAAUGUACUAAAAUUAAAAAAAAAAAUAAUUGCAUUUAAAGAAACAAUUAUUUUAUGAAAGUUUCAAUAACAUGUAAAUGUAUUAAAUAAAUUAGAGAUUUAAUUAGUAUUGUAAUAAAUGUUACAGGAUUAUUGUAUAGAAUAAUAAGAUAAGAAAUGUGUUAAGUGUUAUGGCUAGAAUAAUAUUAAUAUAUAAAAAUUAUAAUACAUUAAUAAUAUUAAAUAAAAAUUAUAGUUGAAAUAAAGAAGAAGAAGCUUCAGAAGAAGCUUAGAAGCGUCAGUAGCCUAAUGGCAGGGCGCGGACCGCGAACUCGUAAGGUCGUGGGUUCGAAUCCGCCAUUCGAUUACUGUCGUGAACCACUUCUAACACAAGCAUUUUAAGCUUACCAGAAGUGGUUAAAGGGAAUAUUAGUAAGGUUUAAUAGCAUUACUAGUAUUUUUUAAAAAAAAUAAAGAGUUUUAAUACUGCUUAAAAGUUUUAAUUUUUGAAUUAAACAAUUGUAUUAAGAUAUUCAUGCUUAUUAAUAAAGAUCAUUGUUUUGAAUGUGUGUGAUAGAUAUUUAAGAUUUAUGACUCUAAAAAUAGAUUGUAAAAUUGUUAUAUUUUGCUAAAUAUUUGAAAAUUUUUAUGUUGCCCCGAGUUGCACACCUACUCAGGGGUCAGGGAACCCAACGUCGUGUGGUAUUAGGAUCUGUGAAUAGGACACUAAUUGGUUGAUCUCUGCCGCAGGACGGGCGAUGGAGGCCCGUUUUUCCUUUUCAGUGAUAAUGAUUAAAUAGAAUAAGAAUAGAAUAAAAUAAUUUUUUAUUCAAUAUUGAUUAUUACAUAAUACUUAUUG